AUGGCGGCAACAGUCACGGAGGUCCUGCCCAAGAAAUUGCAUCGACCACAAAGUGAGACAAGUCUCUCUCGCUCUCUCUCCGAAUUACAAGAGGGCAGCGACGACAAUACCGGCAACACCAGCAAAGACGACCUUGCCGGCAUCGAGGGCAGCACCGGCGUUGGUGGGACCCUUGGUCGUGGGCAGCGUGGUCGGGGUGGCCGACGCCGAGGAGGCGGUCGGGAGGGUGAUGCCGCCGGUGGGCUGGAUGGCGGUGGUGCUGUUGAGGCUGGACACGGUGGACACGGUCGUGUGCACGCGCGAGAGGGUGACGGUCUUGGUCACGUACUCCGUGUUGGUCAUGGUGGUGGUCGUCGUCGACGUGCCGGUGACGGUGGUCAGGCUGGCGCUGUCGCUGCUCUGCGCCGCGGCGAAAGCCGGGAGGAUGGCGACGAGGACGGUAGACAGACGCAUCGUUGA